AUGAGCCCUAAUCAUAGCUUGACAACGACGCGGCAUGCUUCGUAUGAUCCUCCGAAUAUCUUCUUGAGGGAUUCGAUUUGUGGAUUGAAUUUGCAGAUCUACAGUGGCAAGAUGCUGUUGUUCAAGAGCCUCGGCAAAGCCGAACAGAUGCCAUUUCGCCGGAGGGAUGAAGGCGUGAAGAGUCUCCCGGAUAUCAUUAAACUCCUGAAGGAGACUGGCCCGGACAACGUGCCCACAUUCGUGGCGAAGGAGUUGCACAAGCUGCCCCCCGUCAUAAUCGACCACGUCGAUGUCACUAGGCUGUUGAAGGACAUUACGUCCCUGUACUCGAGUCUAGCCGAGUUACAAUGUAAAUUAAAGGCAUCGGAUAACACCGUACUGAUUUUACUGAUGUCCUGCGCCUUCUGCUACUACGGUUUAGUGCUAAUGACGACAGAACUCUUCGAGACCGAGCCCGACGGUACAGGCGACUCGUGUGCUGCAGACUGUCGACCUUUACAAACCACUGAUUAUAUGGACCUGUUAUGGACUACGCUUGCUGAAUUCCCCGGAAUUUUUGCAACCAUAUUUGUAAUCGAGAAGUUUGGUCGCAAAAAGACAAUGGCUGCCCAGUUCGUCAUAUUCGCCGUCUGCGUUUGUGUCCUCAUUUAUAAUGGAAAUCGUACUUUCCUAACUUGUGUGCUGUUCCUGGCUCGUGGUAUCAUCGCUGGACUCUUUCAAGCCGCUUACGUGUACACACCAGAGGUGUACCCAACAGCAUUGAGGUCAACGGCCGUUGGCGCUUGUAGCGGGGUAGCGAGACUUGGUGCCAUGAUCACCCCCUAUGUUGCUCAGGUCCUUUUAAAGAACUCCAUAGCAAUAGCGACGGGCGUAUACUCACUAGCUGCAGUUCUUGCCGCGAUUGCAUGCCUCUUACUUCCAAUAGAAACCAAAGGACGCGAAAUGAGAGACACUAUCACUGGUACAACUUAGCUAAAGGUGUUAUUUAUUACGUUUCUUGGUGUUUUAGGGUUGGACCUCACUUGUCUUAGUAUGUACCCUAAAAUGCCUCUGAAGAAAAGUUUCCAAACUUUUCACAGAAGGCCAAUUGUCUGGAAUUAUCAUUAUCUAAAAGUUGUUUUAAAAUAUUUCUGUGUUAUUACAUUGUACGAAAUAUUAUACGUCCACGAUACGAAGUUGUAAUGAGUAGGAUUCAAAAGUCGGAAAGUUUCGAUGAUUUUGGAGGUGUGGCCAUAAUGGAUAACUGUCUAACGGAAUGAGAUAGGUAAAUCGUAGGCGGCAGCUUGAGAAAGGUGUCUAAUUUAUCGAUUAGACUAUACGUAUUAUAGGAAACGGUAAAGGAAUGUGAACAUCGUACGUAUCAAAGGGGUGUUUAUUUUG